UUUGGACUUUCAUGUUCUAAUCUAUUUAGCAUUUACCAUGACGUCAUAUUAUUCCAGUCCUACGCGACUUUUACCGCUGUAUCAAAAGAUUGCUGUCUCCUCUUCCAAAUCCAAGAUGGCGUCCGUAGCUCGUGGAAGACUUGGUUGUUCUUUAUCAUUUUCCGUACGUCUUUUUCUACAAAACUAUUCGCGAGGCUUAAGUACAGCAGCUAAGCAUUUGGAGAAAGAUGGCAUGUCGAAAAAAGAGUUGAAGAGAGUUAAUAAAGAGGCAAAUAUGAAAGUCCAGGUUGACUACAAGGAAGCGACGAGGAAAGUGGUCUCUCUUUUUCGAGAAGAACGUUUGGAAAAUCUUCGACAGCGUGAAGCUGCUGAGGGAGAGCAGCAAAAGCUCCUUGAGCGUGAAAAGGUUGAAGAAAAGAGGAUUAUUGAAGGCGUCAAGAUGGAAAAUUUGAAACUGGCAGAUAUGAGGGAAGAAAGCAAAGAUUUUAUUACUCCAGAAAAUCUAGAAGAAAAGAUCAAUUAUGCAUUAGACAAUGAGACAAACUAUAACUUUGCACUAAAACCUAAUGGUGAAAGAAUCUACUCAACUAAGCCACCUGGAAAUGUUGAGACUGACCAACCAGGACCUGCAGCUUUUGGGUUUACCUCUUCCUAGAAAGGAGACCUGCCGUCUGAUAGAGAGCCAACAGCUUUAAAAGAUUAACAGACUAUCAAAGCUCUAUCAGUGCUGAUAGGAGACAUUUCCUAGAGUUUGAUAGACAUCAAAAUUACUCUGGGAAGAGUACUAUGAACUUUAAUGCUCACAAAUGACAGAGAAUGAUCUUUAAGUAUAUUGAUAGGACAAUCAAUAACACCUCAUCAGCAUUUUGGUUUUCCAUGCUUUAAGGACUACAUACGAAAUAUUAAGUACAAAGUAUGUCUAACUUAAACCAUGAGUUAUUCCCUUGAGCUCAUUUUUAAAAAGCAUUUUAUCAUCAUAAUUUUUUCCCUUAGGCGUGUUUCCAGCCUUAGAGCACUUCUGUCUGGAUAGGAUGAGGAAUCUUGUCUCCAGCAGUUGCAUCAAGUCUGUAUUUAUUUAACCCUAAUAGUACUAUAAAGACUACAGUAUUUGCAUGCCUGUGGCUGGAUAAUCCCUUAGUAGGCUAAUAUUACCCAUACUGAAGGGGGUGAAUCGUAUAUUUUAUUAAAAUGUUUUGACAAAAUUGUCACUCAACUCA